AUCGGGACCAAACAGCUUCACAAUUUCGACGACAGCCAUGCCGCCCCCUCACCGCCGAUAGCAGUUCAUCCCUUCGCAACUUGGUGAAGUGUCCAUUUCCAUGAUGAUAAGACCAGCCGCGCGCCGCGCGCCACAGCUCCCCGAGACGGACCUCUGCGUCGGCGCUCUUCCUUCCCAGCGACGGUUUAAGACCUUUAUCCGCCACGUCAACAAGAACAAUGAGGUGUACUUUACGCUUGCGGGUCGACGGCCACGCCCCGACCCCGCGUCGCCCGCUCAGCAUGAGUUUUUCUCCAUGCCGGACCUGCUGCUCGACCUGGACGCUGAGGGCACGGCCGGCGUGCGUCCUUUCGACGAGGAGGCUGACGAACGGCGGCUCAAGGAGAGAUGGCCCGCCGAGCCUCUUAAGCGCGCCGCCGUGAGGUCGCGUGUCCAGCAGUUUGAGGACCAGGUGUACGAGUCGCGGCGCAAGGCGAGGCAGCUCUGGUCGCAGCCGACGAACAUCUGGCGCAUCACGCCCCACGACCUCCUGUCCGCCGCGCUGCGAGGCGCACCCUCACCAGACGAACCGGCCAAGCCAGACGUAUCUGAGGCGACACCAAAGGCUUUCCUUGGCACGAGUAUCACCGCCCAGCUGCGCAUCGAGAACGGCAUCCCUCCUCACGCCCUAGACGAAGACCAGCAGCUGCUACGGUGGAUGCUACUCCGACAACGCAGCCUCGAGUACUCCAAAGAAACCCAAGGCAAGGUGUCACCGACUCCCACGCAGUUGGUUGAAGCACUUCGGAAGCAAACCUCCAUCACGGAGAUUCGGAGGCUGAUAUUCCAGUGCCUCGCCGCAGGCACCAAUGUUGACGGCUUCGGCUCCCGUGGGCAGUCAGGGCUCAAUCUAUCACUCGAGGUUCGUCGAGCUUAUGAGCGAGCGCUCGGCGAGGGCUCCACCCAUGAACGUCCAGUUCUCGAAACAUUGACAGCCCUCGGCAACCUUGCAGCGAAACUGUCAGCGCUCGGCGCCGACAUAGGGGCGCCGUUGUAUGGCCUCUGCCUCAAGCUGUGCGCUGAGGCUAGCCUCCCCGAAUCGCUCGCAGAGUGGCUGUGCCGUGGCUAUGAGGCCCAAGUGUGGGAAGACGAAGUAGGAUCAUUAGAGGAUGUGGUGUCGUCCCUCUCAGCCAUCGGUGCCGCCAAAGCCAGCAAUGGCCACUGGGACCUGAACAGGACAUCUCAGCGGCAGCUCACCUUUCGAUUCCUCACAGGAGUCGACGAAAAGGACACACUCUCGGCAGAUUCGUUUCGAAACCUCGCUGUGCUCCGCCUCCAGCAAGGCUCACAGGGUCAGACGUUGCCAUCGCUGUCCGCCUAUCAGUCGUAUGUAAAUCUCCUGGGCCACCUUGGGGCCGUCAGGACACUGUGGAAGGAAUGGCGCCUUAGCGCGCCGCAAGCCCGUGCUGUGGCCGGACCGCAAAAGACAGACAGCAAAUCAGUCGACGUCGCAUUCGGAAAAGCUUUGCAGCGCGCGAUUCACGUCAUCACCGCGACGGAUGGCGAGGCGGUCCGCGAUCUCAGCCUCGACGAAUGCGCCAGUCAUGACCAUCACGCCAUUGAGAUGCAAGGCAAAGGGGCACGGCAUGACGUCCUCGGCCAUGCCCUGAAACCUGUACAAGCCGCAUUUCUGCUCGAUAUGGCACUUAAGGACUACCUCACUCAUUUGCAGCAGAUCAGAGAAGAUGCAUGAGCCAGAGGGCGCAUUGGCGGUCCGUGAGCAGGGAUUUGUCGCUGGAAAAUGGACCAUAUACCUGUAAGACAUGAGGCCACCCAGAGGCUACCAGGUGAUCGAAAUAGUCUGGGCAGGCGUGGAGUCUUGUUUAUGGGAAUGUUGUCUCAGGGUGAUCAAUCAAGGGCAUCGCGCGGAUUCUACAAAUUGAGACCUACGGCCGUUUCGACCAUCGCGAUGAGGCCUUCAAACGUCCC